CCUCCUCCUCCUCCUCCAUCCCUCCCUCUGCCUCUCUCCAUAGCUGUUGUUCCUGUGCUGCUCCUGCACAUCAUUCCGCUGCGAUGGAAAUUAAAUGAAGGUGGCUUAACGUUGUUAACAGGGACGUGCUUUGAAGGAUGUAACCGGGAGAAGCUGCACUGCCAGAUCCUUUUCCAUGGGCUGUGGAUUUGCGUUGCUAAAGCGAGGACACACCAAUCACUCAGCCAUGCAGAAGCCCAGACAACAGGACAAAUCUCUCCAGCUGACUUGUGGAAGCUCCACUUUUUUAAUUUUUUUAUUUUUGUUUUUGACCGCUGAAUUAUUCACUCUCUGCUGCUAAAGACAGUGUGAGACAAUGGGGCAAAGUAGAGGGUAAAUUUCUAGCCCUCCAAUCUGCAGCACACAUGGAUGUGUUCAGCUUUGUGAAGAUGCCAAAGCUGUCAGGCCACAGGACCAAAUCUUCCGGUUGGCCGCCGCCUUCAGGGACUUGGAAUGCUUUGCAGGGACCUGCCAGUGGAUGGGACAUGGGCACCAAUAGAGAGGGGCGUGAUUUCUACAUCAACCACAUCUCCCAGAGCAGCUCCCUUGAGGAGGUUCACCUGGAAGGGGACAAGUUUGUGCCACCAGCACCCCGGAAGGUGGAGAUGAGACGAGAUCCAGUCCUUGGCUUCGGCUUCGUGGCGGGCAGCGAGAAACCUGUGGUGGUCCGCUCAGUUACACCAGGAGGUCCCUCGGAAAGCAAGCUGAUCCCAGGGGAUGAGAUCAUCAUGAUUAAUGAUGAACCAGUCAGCUCAGCACCCAGGGAGAGGGUUAUUGACCUCGUCAGAAGCUGCAAGGAGUCCAUAUUGUUGACUGUCAUUCAGCCCUAUCCAUCACCCAAGUCAGCAUUCAUUAGUGCAGCCAAAAAGGCCAAGUUAAAGUCUAAUCCUGUAAAAGUCCGCUUUGCCGAAGAGGUCAUCAUCAAUGGCCAAGUCCCAGAAACCGUGAAGGACAACUCCCUUCUUUUUAUGCCAAAUGUGUUGAAAGUGUACCUGGAGAACGGCCAGACCAAAUCAUUUAAAUUUAACAGCAACACAUCCAUUAAGGAUGUCAUCUUGACCCUGCAAGAGAAGCUUUCCAUUAAGAGCAUCGAGCACUUUUCUCUAAUGCUGGAGCAGAGAGCUGAAGGAUCUGCCAUCAAACUCAUGCUGCUUCACGAGCAAGAAAUGCUCACUCAGGUGACACAACGACCAGGAUCAUACAAGAUGAAAUGUUUCUUUCGAAUCACAUUUGUACCAAAGGAUCCUUUGGACCUGCUUAGGAGAGAUGCAGUAGCAUUUGAGUAUCUCUACGUUCAAAGCUGCAAUGAUGUGGUACUGGAGAGAUUUGGGUCAGAGCUGAAAUAUGACACGGCCCUCCGCCUGGCCGCCCUGCAAAUGUAUAUUCUAACCAUCAAUACCAAACAGUCCCAGAAAGUUUCCCUCAAGUAUAUUGAGAAGGAGUGGGGUUUGGCCUUGUUCCUGCCUCCUGCAGUGCUUUCCAGCAUGAAAGAGAAGAACAUCAAAAAAGCUCUCACGCACAUCCUCAAAACCAACCAGAACCUGGUGCCACCUGGUAAAAAGCUCACUGCUUUGCAGGCAAAGGUACAUUAUUUAAAGUACCUCAGUGACUUGAGACUAUAUGGAGGACGGGUCUUUAAAUCCACACUAAUUCAAAACGAGAAGCACACAGAAGUGACUCUGCUGGUGGGGCCCAAAUACGGCAUCAGCCAUGUGAUCAACACUAAAACAAAUCUGGUGGCUCUACUGGCUGAUUUUAGUCAUGUCAACCGCAUUGAGAUGUACACAGAAGACGAGAACAUAGUUCGAGUGGAACUUCACGUCCUAGACGUCAAGCCCAUCACUCUGUUAAUGGAGUCUGUUGAUGCAAUGAAUCUGGCCUGCUUGACUGCUGGCUACUACAGAUUACUGGUGGACUCACGACGUUCUAUCUUCAAUGUGUCCAAAAACACAGACAAUAUGGAAACAAGCCAUGCAGCAAAAGUAAGGCAGAACUUCCAGGCCAUCGAGUGUACCUACAGCACAUCCCACACAGGAUGCGAGGACAGGAAUAACCAGAGGUGUAUUCAGGGGUUUUCUGACCAGAAGUGUGAAUACCUCAAACAUGGGGGAUGUGAAAGUGAGCCAGUCUACAUAACUGAAAUCCACCAGCCUCAGCAUUCAGUGCACAUGGCAGAGAGAGCAGAGUGCUGCAAAGUCACUUGCUCCCAACCUUAUCUCAAUCCCCCAAGACCUAAAACCCAAGACACUUCCAGAAGUGCAAAAGUGUCCUUCAUAUUUGGAGAUGCCCCACUGGACACUGUAAACCCCCAAAAUCUGGGCUAUCAGAGACUGAUGGAUGAGAGCCCAGAUGUUCUAGACAAUCACAGCCACAUGUACAAGCGGCUGGAGGAGGACUAUAAAAUGAUGCACACCAUAGAAGAUGGAGACGGGUAUCAGUACAGCACCAAAAUAUUUGGCCCCACUGAAUGCAUUGAGGAGCCUCUGCUGCGGGACAUCUGCUACGCAGAGACAACAGACGAUGCAGAGGAUGAGGAUGACAUCAGCUGUGAAGAGGACUUGGUGAUAAGUGACACUGACAAGCCCGCGUUACUCUCACUGUCAGGGUCGAGCGAUGACAUCAUUGACUUGACCAGCCUCCCUCCACCACCUGAGGGCAACGAUGAAGAAGACAACGAUGUACUGCUGCACUCCCUCAACCUGGCCAUUGCUGCUCCUCCUCCUGGUUUCAGGGACAGCUCUGAUGAGGAGGAGCAGCAGCAGGGUGCUGGGAUCCGGGCCCAGGGGACCUCCAGUGAUAUCCCGGUGUCUCUCAUAGAUUCGGUGCCCACUCACGGGGCGGAGGGCCACGGAGAGCGUCUGAACGAUGCGGUGGUGUCCACCUUACAGGCACUUGAGGCGCUUGCCGCAUCUGAGGAACAGAGUCCAGCACAGUCCGAGAGCAGCACAGGUGUAGAAAUGUCACGAGCGUUUAGCCCAGAUUCCUCAGAUUCCGGCAACGAGACAAAUUCCUCUGAGAUGACAGAGAGUUCCGAACUGGCCACCGCUCAGCGACAUUCAGAGAGCCACCUGAGGAUGCACGUUGCCAUGCCAGAAGUGUACGACACCUUGAAUGAGGAGAAGAAAGAAGCUGCUGCUGGUGGAGUGUUGGCUGGGCCAUGUAAGGCCAAGGAGCUGCAGGACGAGGAAGCAAAAUCUGCUGUGUCCUCCUCACAGAUGUUUCAGUCACAUGGCGGUGAGAUGGAGCCAGAGACCAUGGAGAUCAAAUCAGUCAGUGAAUACUUCACUAAGAUGCACAUUGGCUCAUUAAUAUGCCGUCAGAAAGCAAAACAGAGGGAAGCAGAAAGCCGAACGCCAGGAGAUAACAGCGAUUCCUCUGAUAGAUCCCACACGUCAUCUCAAGACUCUGCUAAAGAAGAGCCCCUUCAUCUCGUGGGCAAAUAUAACGCCUUCACUGUGAGAGAUUCCUAUUAUAUGAAUCAGCUCGAUUUGGGGAGAACUCACUUUAAAGAUAGGCAUCAAAAAUGGCAGCGACCGCUUGCAAAUGAAAUGGCAGAGAAUCGCUCUCCAGAAAGCGGGAAUGACUCACAGGCUUCCCACGCAGACAGGCUGACAGCGAAAGCAGAAAAACAAGACUCAGAUGAACGAAGCCAACAGUUAAAUGCCCAUCUCCGGUCCCCUAACCAAGGGCCCCUCUCUGCAGAAGACGCCGCCGCACAGAAAAACGAGCAGCAACAAGUCAAGAUCCCGCCUUCGGAGCAUGACGUCAUGCGAUUCUACGACUACCACGUGAAUAAGCGCAUGUCAUCAGUACAGAGCGAGGGCGUUCAUUCGCUCCAGAGCUCACAGUGUUCUUCCAUAGAUGCUGGUUGUAGCACAGGUGGCAGCACCUGUGUCACUCCCAUGGAUUCGCCUCUUUGCGCAACCGAGAACACACAUGUACUGUCGGAAUCUUCACUUAAAGGUUUGAGUUAUGUAUCUGCUGAGGAGAAGACCUAUGGACCCCUUGUCCAGGGGAAACCCUGCCAUCCCAUGGACCCCACUCUGCUGAGGAAGAUCCACGCAGCUACCAGUGCUGAACCAGGGUUUGGGAUUACACGGGAUGGCAGUCAUAGAAUGCCCAAAAUCAAAGAAACUACAGCUUUCGCACAGCUGAAGAUGGUGAGGGAAGAAGACUCAUCUUUAGCUCUCUGUGAUGAGACCAGUAUUACCACCACAACCACGUCACCAUCGUUAUUAAGAAGUAUCACAGAGCCCAGUAAGCUGAAACAGAUCUGCCCUGAGCCUGACCCGCAUAGUCCGGCUUCCCUCUUAAAGGGAUGUUCAUGCGACCCGACAACUGGCAGUCUGAGGAAGCCACGCAGGGUAUCGACAUUGAGAAGGACCUGGAGUACCAUAGAGCCAUGGUCCAGGAGAUCUGAAGCACUGUUACAGAAGACCAAAGCUACACUUACCAGGAGGAGUGGUGGACAGAAUUUCCCAUCUCAAGAUGUCCCAAACCUUCAGAGGAUAAUCUCUACCCAAUGCUUGCCCAUUAGCUUGUCCCAAACCUCAGUUGACUGUAAUUUAUCUGGUGGAAGGCUGUUGCAAGAACCUUCUCUUUUGCUUCCAGAGUCAACAGCACCACAGCGGAUUUCCUGGAGGUGCCACGGGCCAUUCAGUCACUGCUUCUUAAGAAGAGAGAGAAACAGUGAUGCUGAUGAAGUGACAGACAACCCCUCACAUUAUCUGCUUCCUCUUGGAUUUGUAUCCUUCAAUGCAUUCUUGCAAACUGGACAGAGUACCACUGCUGUGACUGACAUGAGCCUUAAAGCAAGGCUAGCACAUGUAAAUUCAAUGAAGGGAAAAACCUACAGCCUUCCCACAGGGUUUGCAAUCGCACGGAAAGAUGCCUUAGAGAUGAUCAGUUUAGUGCAUUUCAGUGUUGGCCAUGGCGAGAACCUCGAGGGCAGCCAGGAUGACGUACGAAAUUCCUUCCAGAUAGUUUUGAUGCAGGCCAAAGUGCUGGGCGAUGCCUGCGCCCAGAUGGCCAUGGAGUACAACAGGCCAGAGGAGUCACUGCUCACUCUGACGCACAGCUUCCACACGCUGUGCUGCCUAACACAAGCUUGCAUGUCAAUCGUGGAAGGCCUGAGCGGCGAAACUCAGCGACGGGAGGUGGUAGCCAAGGUGGACGAGGUUGUGAUGAAUUACGUGUGUCUGCUAAAAGCUGCAGAGGUCGCUUUGGGUAGCGACCCCAAUGACCAAAGUGUGACUGCCUUGACACAUCACUCUGCCAAAACGUCAGCUGUUAUAAACACACUAACUCACUCACUGACAACACUGAUCAACAAAUAAACUGGGAUUUUGUGGUGAUUAUUGAUUAUUUAAAGCCAUAUAUGAGAGGACAUGAGUUUGAUAACCAAUGUGAACUGCUGUGAAAAAAACCUUGCCUUGUGUAAAACAGUAUUUUAUUAUAUAAAGCAAAAAUGAAAUUAUAAGAAUCAUUAAAGUUUUAAACAGAUUAUAUUCAAACGUCUCCAUGAACCCUGUAACCCCUUUUCCCAGUAAUAUUGAAAUGUAUAUGAAAAAGAUUACUUUGAAGAUUUAUUGACUACCUUAGGAGUUUAGAUUACUUGGUUAAAAAUUGUAAAAUAUUAUAUUAUGUUGGAAAAAUAUGCUUAUAACACUCUAGACAAAUCAUUGCACAGGACAGACAUGAUCAAAUAAAAGUGUAUUUGACUUUCAUUUGCUGGAUUCACCUUUAUGUAACAAAUACUUUGCACAUGAUCACUGAUAUAGUUUUUGUCAAGAUCAUUAUUAAAAAAAAGUGGAAUUUUAAAACUGAAAAAAAUAAAAAUGAU